AUGGAUAUCAAUCACCUUCCACCAGAACUAAUUCAAUGUAUUGGCGACCACCUUCGACGAGCUCCACUAAACGCCUUGAUCCAGACCUCCAAACGCCAUGCGAAAAUCCUAACGUUCCUUCUCUAUCAAAAAGCUUUCCGUCGUCACUUUCGUCCAGCUAUAGAUAAUGAACCGGAACCGAGAGCAAGGUCAAUAUGGGUCUACAGUCGAGGUCGCAGUUAUGUUUCUCAACGACGUCUAUGGGCUUGUGCCCCUCACUGGGAAUCCGAAUAUGUGAUGAAAUAUUUCAACAAUCGAUCGCUGGGAUGGGCACAAACUCGUUUUGGAGGAAGAGAAAGAAAUGGUGCUACUUGGUUACAUCUCUUAGCUGCAGCUGGUCAUGAAAGACUUUUGAAGAUGUUCAUUGCCAAAGGUCUUGAUAUCAAUGCACGUGACUGGGCAGGGAAUACAGUUUUACAUUCUGCUGUCGCGGCUGAACAACAUGGAUUGAUUGAUUUUUUACUCCAAAGUGGUGCGGAUGUUUUGGCCAUCAACUCUUUAAAUCAAUCAGUGUUGGUUUAUGCAUUGAUUAGGUAUAAGAUAGGGGCCUUGAUACCGAUCAUUGAUGCUGUAAAAGCACAAGGUGGAGAUCUUAACUACAAUGCCGAUGGAACAGGACACCCGCCAAUAUUUCUAGCUACAAGAAUAAAUGAAGCACUGCCAGUCGUUAAACACUUCUUAGAAAAUGGAGUCAACGUUUUUCAAAUACUAUCAACGGGUACGGGUAAUAAUGAUACUCUCCUUCACUGGGCUUCCCGUUUCGGACAUCAUGAAAUAGGAAACUUCCUCGUGUCUCAAAUGACUAGUCGUCCAGGAUUUAUCUCAUUACUCAACGAUCGACACAUGGCCCCUCUCCAUUUCGCAAUAUGUCAUAAGUCAUUGUCUCUCUCCAAAACUCUAAUAGCAGCCGGAGCAAACCUCGACGACGGAGAUCAAAUCGGUUCCACUCCUCUCGAUCUAGCCAUUGACCAUCGUCGAUCCGGUCUCUUCCAAGAAAUCUAUCUCAAAUGCAAUUACAAAGAUACUGCCUUCCAAAAAUUCAAACAAGUCCUCUCCGAUAGCAUCAAAGACGAGAAUCCCCUCGCAAUCCGACACCUCCUCGACCUCCAAGGCCCCUGCUCCAUCCAAUUCACCCUCCCCACCCUCCACCACCUCAUCGAAAACCACCGCAACACCAUCUCCGGCUGUCAAAUCAUCGAGCUAAUCGGGGACGCCAUGCCCCCCACAAAUUUCCACACACGCUCUCAACCCCUCGGCGAAACUCCCCUGCACCUCGCCCUCCGUAAAUCCCUCCACGACAUCCCCAUCCACAGCGACCGUCUCAUCACCUACCUCCUCCUCAAAACCCGCAACCUCACCCUCCUCACCCGCGAGGGAAACUCCAUCCUCCACCACGCCGCCCUCUUCUCCACCCCCAAAACCAUCUCGCAAAUCCUCGCCCACAAAAACACCUCGCACGAACUCUUCUUCCUCGAAAACAAAGCCGGCAAGACCGCGCUCCAGGAAGCCGCUCGCAGAACAGGCAAUCAUCGAAAAAUCACAGACGCCCUCUUCCACGCCCGCACAAAAUUCGAUCGUCUCCGCAAGCGCGAACGGAACAUCGCGAAUAGUCCGCGCAAGAUCGGGAAACCGGCGGUGCCGGAUCCGCCGGUGAGGAGAGAAGAGAGUCCGCAGAUGUUGAAGAAGAAAGAGAAAGAGGAGAGGGAGAAGGAGAGGAGGGGAAGUAAUGCGGAAAGUGAAAUGGGGAGGAGAGAUUCGGAUAUGGAUAAAGGGGAGAGAAGGAGGACGACGGAAUACUCUGACGAUUGA